AUGACAGUUAGAUCGAGCAGAUUGAAGCGGAAACUGGAACCGGAACCCCGGCCGUGCAUCAGGAAGAAGCUCCGGUCUAAGCUUCAUCGUCGGAGAAGAUGCCAGAUCUCUCCAGUCUUGGUUGCUUCGAAGAAAUUCAAAGCUUCUGAGGGGAAUGUAAUUUCAGUGGAUUCGAGCUCUUGCUUUCGCUUUAAUGAUGAAGAGUCAUGCAAUUUGACCAGAAUAUCGGUUGGGUUCGAGAGUAAAGGAAGGUCGGGUUCGAUGAAGGAUAUAAUCAACGAAGUUGUAGAUCUUCCGAAGGAUGGAUGCAACGAGCUCAGGAGGAUUCGGAGAUCUGAGAAGCAAGAGGAUGGUGAUAUGGAGGUGUCUGAGUCUUCGUGUGUGGACUCGAAUUCUGGAGUCGUUGGUGAACAGAGGAAUCUGGUGUUGAAAUUUAGGAGUGGAAGAGAAAGUAAGAAUGCGAAAGAAACCGAAACAAAUGAAGGUUCUGAAGCUUUUACGAAAUCGGAGACUACUUGCGAAGAGCAAUGCUCUGCCGGCACCGCAAGUCUUAAAUUCUCAUCGGAGAUAACGGGAAACGAUGUCGUUCCAGCAGGUUCUCGUGUUCCCGAGAAGUUUGGAAAAAAUGGAGAGGAGACGCUCAGAGGAAAGGAAUACGGAUCAUCCGAAUUAGAGUUCGCUCAAGUUUUUGGAAAUCAUCGCGCUAAUGUGAACACAAUCGAAUUAAAUGCGCAAUCGAGCAUACAACAGGGGUCAAAUCAUAUUGUCGACGAUUCCGAUCUAACUUGCACGGAGCAAUUCUCGUAUGGGGACCUCUCAGAGUAUUCUUCAAGUCAGGAGGCAGAAUUUCCUGACCAAUGCUCAGAUAUAUUUCCUGAAAGCUCAGAGCUAGAAAUCUCGGAUUACUUUACGGAUUCUGGAAGUCAAUUCUCAGACGGCUCUGUUGCCGGAACUGCCUCGCCAACAUUUUCUUUGUUUAUUCAGUACAACAAUGAGUUUUCGAGGUUGACUUCACCGGAUACUGGAAUUGCUUUAUGCGCCGAGGAUGGUACCUCACAUCAACCGGAAUUCUUGAGGUUUGAAGAUGCGGAGGUUGAAGAAAGCUACCAAAUGCUCAGAAAAAGAGAACGGGGGCAAUUGCUUUUGUGCAAUUACGCAGAGAAGUACUGUUCCAACACCACCGAUCACGGCAAGCUCGUUCUUCAGCAACGCUCGCACAUGGUCCACUGGAUAAUUGAGCAAUCUUGUCGAAGAGAGCUUCGACAAGAGACGAUGUUUCUUGGAGUCAGCCUUCUUGACCGGUUCCUAAGCAAAGGAUACUUCAAAACUAAAAAGAACCUUCAAAUUGUUGGAAUAGCCUGCCUCACAUUGGCCACGAGGAUCGAAGAAAACCAGCCUAAUAAUAGCGUGCGGCAAAAGAAUUUCUACAUAGGAAGCACCAUGUAUAGUAGAUGUGAAGUGGUGGCUAUGGAAUGGAUGGUGCAGGAGGUGCUCAGCUUCCGUUGUUUUCAGCCCACCAUCUACAAUUUCUUGUGGUUCUACCUAAAAGCUGCUGAAGUUGAUGCAAAAGUGGAGAAAAGGAUCAAGUUUCUGGCAACGCUGGCACUAUCCGCUCAAGAGCAGAUGUGCUACUGGCCCUCAACAGUUGCUGCCGCCCUUGUAAUCCUGGGUUGCUUAGACAUCAAUGAAAAUGCAUCCCACAAAGUCAUUGGGAUCCAUGUGAGAUCAAAGGAUGAGAAUUUGCACAUAUGCAUUGAGUAUAAAAGAAAGGUCAUUGAAAGUGGCCUUUCUUUGGCCUCGAUGCCCGGUCAUGAAUAUUGA